AAAUAUUAUUUUGGAUUUUUUUCUUUUAUAUUUUCCUCGAUCCUUGAUAUAAUGAUUGUUAUAAAUUAAAUCUCACGACUACUUGUUUUAUUCGCUUCGUUCGUUAACUUUUCUGUUUUCCCGUUUUGUACGAAAAUAUUUUAUAAUCACAUUGCCACUUAGGUAUUUUUUGACGCGCAAAAAGCUUAUAGUCUUGUAACAUUCACUAAAAUUGUCACCCAGUAUUCUAUUUAUCACACCAUAUCACCAGUCUUAAAAUGCCCCAGCUCAUAGGCGAUUACGAGCAAUCGGCACUUGAACGGCCGACGUAUAACUUCAGAGACUUAUCGUCAGUGUAUCACUUGAAAGACGUUAACUUUACCAGACAGUUUGCGCAUAUUUAUGCUUACAGACUAGUACAAAUGAGAAAUAUCCUUUUGGACAAGGUACAACAAAAAUGGGGUGAUGAAAGUUAUGUCUAUAAAUUAUCUGAAUUGCAUGAUAAAAUUGGCCAAGAAUGCAUUAUAAUUGGUACUUUAUUUAAACAUCAAGAACUAAAGCCUAGUAUUUUGAAAGAAAUCAGUGAAGAAAAUAAUUUAAUUCCUCAACCUCUUAGAACCCAUUUUGUUUCUGAUACGGAUGAAGUUAUAAUAGAAGACGAAUUACAAAGAGUUCCUUUAGAACUAGAUGGACUAAAUGACAAUACUUUAUCUCUAAAUAAUAUAAUGACUGGAUGCAUUAUAGCAGUUAAAGGUAUUCCUCAAGAAAGUGGAAAGUUUUGUGUGACUGAUUUUUGUUGGCCUACACCUUCAGCUCCUAAAAUAUUCACGAGCCGUAGCUUUGGAGAUGACAGGUUUUUGGUAUUAAUUAGUGGUUUAGAAUUAGCCACUAAUGUUGCUACACAUUUCCAAGUACAAUUAUUUAUGGAUUGGAUAUUUGGUUUAUUAGGUGAUAAAAAGGAAAAUUAUAAAGUUUCUAAAAUUGUUCAAGUUAUAAUUGCUGGAAACAGUAUAAGGAGUACUGCAAUGAAAAAGCCAAAUUACCGUGAUAAAAUUGAUGAUUUUCCUAGAGAUAUACAAGCAAUUAAACAAUUAGAUGACUUAUUACUCCAGUUAGCUUCAAUUGUUGAUGUACAAAUUAUGCCUGGAGAAUUUGAUCCUACAGACAGAACUUUACCUCAACAAGCAUUCCAUAAAUGUUUAUUUCCUAAAGCUUCUGAAUAUACAAGUUUCCAUAGAAUGACAAAUCCAAAUAAGUUUGAAAUCGAGGGUCACUUGAUGAUUGGAUCUUCUGGACAAACUGUUCAAGAUGUUCUUAGGUUUACUAAUUUAGAUAACCCAAUUGAUAUAAUGGAUAAAAUAUUGGAUUGGGGUCAUCUAAUACCAUCUGCACCAGAUACAAUUCCAUGUUAUCCAUUUGAGGGUCAAGAUCCUUUUAUAAUACAAGAAAUGCCAGAUGUAUUUUUUGUAUCAAAUCUAACAUCAUUUCAAACAUCUUUAAAGUUAAAUACUAAUGGGAAUCCCACUCGACUUAUAAGUGUACCAUCUUUUGCAUCAACUCAAACAUGUGUAUUAUUAAAUCUCAACACUUUAGAAUGUCAUCCUAUUUCAUUCAAGACAUUUUCCCCUUAACAUUGUUUCAUAAUAUUUAAUAUAGAAAGUGCAGCAAUAAGCUGUUCCCGUGAACAACCAAUGAAGUUAUGCUUCAAGAACACUGGAAAUCCAC